UGCUGUGCAAAGAUGCUUUUAUAUUAUCCUCUGCUAUCUUAUGUAUGCUUGUUUGUGUGUCUGCAAAUGUGUGUGUGCAGGGAGCAGGGGCAUCUCUCUGACCUGUGUACUGACCCCCUGUCGGGUAAUUGGAGUGUGUGUAACGCUGAUGACCUUGGGAGCCAUUGGAGCAGCCGUUUGGGCCGUAGUUACAUAUUGCACAAUGGAGGAAGACAUAGAACAGUAUGAUGUUCAGGUAAAUUCACCUGACCAGCAUCUCAGAGUCUUCGACUCCACUCACAGGAGGUGGCGUCAGGUGUGUUCCUCCCCAGCUGAUGAACUGCUAGCUAGCAUCAGCUGUGAAGAAGUGGGAUUUGUCAGCGUGGUGAAUUACUCAGUCACAGCCGUGUCAGAGGCCAGCGGCGAUGCUGGAGACUUCUUCUGCGUCAGACAGGAAGAGCUCAGCUAUGGCAAGAAAAUCAAAGACUCACUGUAUCCAUGUGACUGUGAAAGCCGGGAAGUUCUCACACUGUUGUGCCAAGACUGCGGCAGACGUAGUUUUGCGGCAGACCGUAUAGUGGGUGGUGUGGACGCCAGGCACGGCAGCUGGCCUUGGCAAGUCAGUUUGCAGUACGAUGGUGUUCAUCAGUGUGGAGGAUCCAUUAUCUCAGACCGCUGGAUUGUUUCUGCAGCUCAUUGCUUCCCAGAGCGGUAUCGCUUUGUUAAUCGCUGGCGUGUGCUGUUGGGCUCCAUCUACAAUAAACCUGUCAAUGCCAACGUAGCGGAGGUUAAGACCAUUGUUUACCACAGCAGCUACCUGCCCUUUGUAGAUGCUAACAUUGACGACAACAGCAGAGACAUCGCUGUCCUGGCCCUCACUCAGCCUCUCACUUUCAAUGAAUACAUCCAGCCUGUUUGCCUACCUGCAUAUGGCCAAAGGCUGAUAGAUGGACAGAUGGGAACAGUGACAGGCUGGGGAAAUGUAGGGUACUAUGGCCAUCUAGCAGAUGUUCUACAGGAAGCCAAUGUCCCCAUCAUCAGUGACGCCGUCUGCAAUGCUCCUGACUACUACGACAACCAGAUCACUACUAGUAUGUUCUGUGCUGGCUAUGAGAAAGGAGGCACUGAUGCCUGUCAGGGAGAUAGUGGUGGACCCUUUGUGGCUGAAGACUGCUUGUCCAAGACCACUCGAUAUCGUCUGCUAGGAGUAGUGAGCUGGGGAACUGGCUGUGCCAUGUCCAAGAAACCUGGUGUCUACACAAGAGUGUCCCGAUUUCUGCCCUGGAUAUCCUCAGCCAUGAGGAACUAUCAAAACUCACCCGGUGUUCAUAAAAUGGCACGGACAUGA